AUGAAAGUGGAAGAUUUGCACUUGGGUCGCGCGGAAGUGAUCAGCCUAAUCACGGAGAAGAGAAAAGACUGGAACACACUCGUUCUGAAACGUCGAGACCACAUGCAGCUGCAUGAUCGAAUGGAAAAGGGAAAAUUAAGAUGUUUUCAGAAGUGUGACGAAGCUGAUGCCGAGAUGCAACGACUCCGUGGAGCAUGCACCAGCAGCAUGGAAAAAAAGAAAAAGAUUGACGAGGCCAUGGGGUUGCUCCACCAAGAAAUCGAUAGGUGCGGUCAAAAAUCGCUGGAAUGCUUUCAAAAGUGGGCGGAGCACCUUCGGAAAGCCUGGGAGGUCGCAGACCAGAUAUCCAAACUGGAAACCGAGAUGAAUAUCCUGAAUGCGUACCAUAGAGGCCAACAACACCCAGACGUCUCGAAUAUAUUUUUCCCAGUGCUUGAAGAGGAAACGUACUAUGAAAAGUGGACUCGAACGUUGCACACACAGAUGUCGUUCAAAGAGAAACAGAAAAUGGUCACCGAUCUGUGCCCGCAAGAAGAAUCGAGUGACGAUGAUGACGACACUGAAUCUAACGAUCCAUUAUUUGGACCGCCCUAUCCACACCUACGGGAUGAAGACCUCGUCGAUUGA